AUGGGUGAAGUUCCGAGGAUGAAGGCCAAACCAGCAGCUCUUGUUCCUCUUGGGACGCUCAUCGGUCGCGAGCUCAGGAGUGAGAAGGUCGAGAACCCUACGAUUAAGUAUGGUCAAGCUGCUCUCGCCAAGAAAGGGGAGGAUUGUUUCCUGGUCAAAGUCGAUUGCGUGAGGAUUCCGGGCAAUCCGGCUACCUCAUUCUCGGUUUUCGCGAUAUUUGAUGGGCAUAAUGGUAUAUCAGCUGCUAUCUUCGCGAAGGAGAAUCUGCUGAACAAUGUCUUGAGUGCCGUCCCUCAAGGGGUUGGCAGGGAAGAGUGGCUCCAAGCUCUGCCUCGGGCAUUAGUUGCUGGUUUUGUGAAAACUGACAUAGAGUUUCAGCAGAAAGGAGAGACGUCUGGGACGACGGUUACAUUUGUUGUGAUUGAUGGGUGGACUGUCACUGUUGCUUCUGUGGGGGAUUCUCGAUGCAUAUUGGACACCCUGGGGGGCGUGGUGUCUCUGUUAACAGUUGAUCAUAGGCUAGAAGAGAAUGCAGAAGAAAGAGAGCGUGUCACUGCAAGUGGGGGUGAAGUAGGAAGGCUCAAUGUUUUUGGGGGCAAUGAGGUUGGUCCGCUGCGAUGCUGGCCUGGUGGAUUGUGCCUUUCAAGAUCAAUCGGUGACACGGAUGUGGGGGAGUUCAUUGUUCCAAUACCUCAUGUUAAGCAAGUGAAGCUUUCCAACGCUGGAGGAAGGCUUAUAAUUGCAUCUGAUGGUAUCUGGGAUGCAUUAUCUUCUGACAUGGCAGCGCAGUCUUGCCGGGGUUUGCCUGCAGAACUUGCUGCCAAGGUGGUUGUUAAGGAGGCUCUCAGGACACGAGGCCUAAAAGAUGAUACAACUUGCCUGGUUGUUGAUAUCAUUCCCUUUGAUCAUCCAAUAUUGCCUCCAACACCAAGAAGAAAACAGAAUCUGCUUAGUUCAUUUAUAUUUGGAAAGAGAACUCAGAAUCCUGCAAACAAAGCAACAAAUAAGCUUUCUUCUGUUGGGGUUGUUGAGGAAUUGUUUGAGGAGGGUUCUGCAAUGCUUGCGGAAAGGCUGGGUAACGAUUUUCAUUUGAACUCAAAUUCUGGGCUCCUCAGGUGUGCAAUUUGUCAAGCUGAUCAGUCACCAAGUGAUGGUUUAUCUGUUAACUCUGGGCCCUACUUUUCACCUGCAUCCAAGCCAUGGGAAGGCCCAUUCCUCUGUGCAAACUGUCGGAAAAAGAAGGAUGCCAUGGAAGGAAAGAGGGCUACUAGACCCACUGUGACUGCAUAAUUUGGUAAUGCGGUACAUAGUAGUAUAUCCAAUUUUCUGGCAGUGUGAGCAUGCUUGGUUGUUUAGACAUGCGCAUGAAGUAGACUUUAGAAGGGAGAUGUUUUGCAGAUGGGUAAAAGUUUGUGUUGAUUGUGGUUUGUGCUGACUGUGGGACUGACUGACAAUGGACAUGCAGAUAUAAUUGUGAUAAUUCAAUUGCUAACAGGUUGAAUAUGUAAGUAAAAAUGAUUGUGAAGAAAAAAAUGUUACUCCAGUGUUUUAUUUAAUGUGUAUUUAGCAUCUCUACAACUUUUUUGCUUUUAACCAUUAUAGCGUCCAAAACAUAAGGACCUUGUGCCUUACGGUUUCAAAUUUGAUGCUCUUGAAAGUCGAACUUCAGCUAGUAUUUAAAAGUGCUGAUUGCUAGCUAAGAAUACACCGUUCCAAUUUGUACAAAA